AUGGCGCCGAAAGCGAAGAAGGAAGCUCCUGCCCCUCCCAAAGCGGAAGUCAAAGCAAAGGCAUUGAAGGCCAAGAAGGCAGUGCUGAAAGGCAUCCACCAUAAAAAAAAGAAGAUCCGUACAUCACCCACCUUCCGGCGGCCAAAGACUCUGAGACUCCGGGGGCAGCCCAAAUAUCCUCGGAAGAGUGCCCCCAGGAGAAACAAGCUUGACCACUAUGCCAUCAUCAAGUUCCCCCUGACCACGGAGCCUGCCAUGAAGAAGACAGAGGACAACAACACACUUGUGUUCAUUGUGGAUGUCAAAGCCAACAAGCACCAGAUCAAACAGGCUGUGAAGAAGCUUUGUGACAUUGACGUGGCCAAGGUCAACACCCUGGUAAGGCCUGAUGGUAAGAAGAAGGCAUAUGUUUGA